AUGGGGGACAGCUUUCUGCACCUGGGGGAUAUAGUUUCCCUCUAUGCAGAGGGCUCUGUAGCAGGAUUCCUGAGUACCUUAGGGUUGGUAGAUGACAGAUGUGUUGUCUGCCCGGAGGCAGGUGACCUGACUGAUCCGCCCAAAAAGUUCCGGGAUUGCCUGUUUAAGAUAUGCCCCAUGAACCGGUAUUCUGCUCAGAAGCAGUUCUGGAACACCGCGAAGCAGUCCGCAAACUCCAAUACUGACACUGGACUGCUGAAGAGGUUACACCAUGCAGCGGAAAUCGAGAAGAAACAAAAUGAUAUGGAGAACAAGAAGCUGUUGGGCACACUCGUGCAGUACGGCAGCGUCAUACAGCUGCUGCACGUCAAGUCCAACAAAUACCUCACUGUAAAUAAAAGAUUACCCGCUUUGUUAGAGAAAAACGCGAUGCGUGUGCAUCUAGAUGCCAAUGGUAAUGAGGGUUCGUGGUUCUAUGUAAUGCCUUUUUAUAAACUCCGGUCCACUGGAGACAACGUGGUGGUUGGCGACAAGGUGAUAAUGAACCCCGUGAAUGCAGGUCAACAAGUCUUACACGUAUCGCACAAUCAUGAGUUACCUGACAAUGUCGGCUCUAUGGAGGUGAAUGUAGUGAACUCAUCGACGUCAUGGAAGGUAACCCUGUUCCUGGAGCACAAGGAGAACCAGGAGGAGAUCCUGAAGGGUGGCGACGUGGUGCGGCUGUUCCACGCGGAGCAGGAGAAGUUCCUGACGAUGGACGAGUACCGCAAGCGGCACCACGUGUUCCUGCGCACCACCGGCCGCUCCAGCGCCACCGCCGCCACCAGCAGCAAGGCGCUCUGGGAGAUCGAGGUGGUACAACACGAUCCGUGCCGCGGCGGCGCGGGCCAUUGGAACUCUAUAUUCAGGUUCAAGCAUCUCGCCACUGGACACUAUCUGGCCGCCGAAGCGUGCAAUCGUCCACACGAUGCGGUGGUGGAGAUUGGCGAGCCGGCGUACCAGCUGGUGUCAGUGCCGCACUCGUCGGAGAUCGCCACCCUGUUCGAGCUGGACCCCACCACCAUGACGCACUCUGACGCACCUGUGCCACAGAGCAGCUACGUCAGGUUACAGCAUCUAUGCACGCACACCUGGGUACAUUCGACAUCGAUUCCCAUAGACAAAGACGAAGAGAAGCCUGUCAUGUCUAAGGUGGGUUGUUCGGUUGUGAAGGAAGAUAAAGAAGCCUUCGCCCUGAUAUCAGUGUCACCUAGUGAAGUGAGGGAUUUAGAUUUUGCGAAUGAUGCUUGCAAAGUGCUAUCUGCCUUGUCGACUAAACUGCAUCACGGAAAUAUAGAACACAAUGAGAGAAAAGCGCUUACUAGCCUACUGCAAGACAUAGUGUACUUCAUAGCGGGCUUCGAGAACGAGCCGAACAAGUCCGAAGCCCUGGAACUUGUCGUGGAGAACCCCAAUAGAGACAGACAGAAACUGCUGAGGGAACAAUACAUACUGCGGCAGCUGUUCAAGAUAUUACAGGGUCCAUUUCAAGAGACCACGGAGGGCGAACCGUUUUUGAAAAUAGAGGAGCUAUACGAUCCCCGCUACGCCCCUUAUAAGUACAUCUUCCGUCUCUGCUACAGGAUAUUGAGACUCAGUCAACAAGACUACAGAAAAAACCAAGAAUACAUAGCGAAGCACUUCGGGUUCAUGCAGAAGCAGAUAGGGUAUGACAUACUGGCAGAAGAUACCAUUACUGCUCUACUGCAUAACAACAGGAAGCUGCUGGAGAAACACAUCACCGCUUCAGAGAUUGAGACGUUCGUAGGCCUGGUCCGCAAGAACAUGAAGACCUGGCAGUCACGUUUCUUGGAUUAUCUAAGCGAUUUGUGUAUCUCGAACAAGAAAGCAAUCGCUGUUACCCAAGAACUCAUCUGUAAGAGCGUUUUGUGCGCUAAUAACUCGGACAUACUCAUAGAGACCAGAUUAGUUUCUACAAAAUACGAGAAUACGUCAUUGGAUCCCGACGACAAAGACAAAUAUACAGUCGAAGACGACGUGAUACUAGUUUGGAAUAAUAAAAAGAACUCCCGGCUGCUGUCCGAGCUGGCGGAGGAGGCGCGCAUGGAGCCCGGCGGCGACGCGGCCGCCAUCUUGGAGUACUACCGGCACCAACUGGACCUGUUCUCCAACAUGUGCCUCAACCGGCAGUACCUCGCGCUCAACAGUCUCAGCCCGCAGCUGCAUAUAAAUCUCAUACUCAAAUGCAUGUCUAACUCUGAGCUGUCGUACGAGCUGCGAGCCUCGUUCUGUCGCCUGAUGCUGCACCUGCACGCGGACAGGGACCCGCAGGAGCCGGUCACGCCCGUCAAGUACGCCCGCCUCUGGACGGAGGUCUGCGACCGGAUACAUAUACACGAUUACCAAUGCGUGAAAGGCGGUCCGGACGCGAACCGCGCGAAGGUGAAGGAACAGUUCGCGUCCACCAUACGGUUCGUGGAGGACUACCUGUGCAACGUGGUCACGCGCACGUGGUACUUCAGCGACCACGACCAGAACAAACUGACCUUCGAAGUGGUCAAGCUGGCGAGGGAGCUUAUAUACUUCGGCUUCUAUAGCUUUAGCGAUCUGCUUCGACUAACAAAGACACUACUGAGCAUAUUGGAUUGCGUGACAGCUAUAGAUUUAUUACACGAGACCAACGCGCUGUCUGGUGAAGUUGAAUCUGAAGGAGGCGUCUUGCGCAGUAUCGGCGAUAUGGGCGCAGUCAUGACUUCCAUAACACUCGGAUCAGUCGCUAGAAACAGUCAGGGCGUGGGCGGGGGCGGGGGCGGAGGCCUACAGCGGAGCGCCUCCGCGCUGGUCCUGGCGCGGGAGCACCCCCUCGUGAUGGACACCAAGCUCAAGAUCAUUGAAAUAUUGCAGUUUAUUCUGGACGUGAGACUGGACUACCGCAUCAGUUGCCUGCUGUCGAUCUUCAAGAAGGAGUUCGAGCAGGCGAGCGAGCGGAGCGCUGACUCGCUCGCGCGGCCCGAUGUCGAGGCGAUCGGGCUUCAGGCCGAGGGCAUAUUCAGCUGCCGGGAUGGGUUAGAUUUGGACGAAUGCGGUGGACGUAUGGUGCUCCGGGUGCUAUUGCAGCUGUGCUCUCAAGGAGCGUCAGCCGCGCUGGUGUCCGGGGCCCUGGCGCUCCUGUUCAGGCAUUUCAGCCAACGGCAGGAGGUGUUGGCCGCAUUCAAACAGGUUCAACUGCUGGUGUCCGACGCGGACGUAGAGUCCUACAAACAGAUAAAAGCCGACUUGGAUCUACUGAGACAAAGUGUAGAGAAAUCCGAACUGUGGGUGUUCAAUAAAGGCCGGGCGGGUCUCCUAGAUGAACAUUCAGGUAUAACUGGUACAGUCGGUCCGGGAGGCGCUAUAUUGGAACGGAACGCGUCUCUCGACAACGUUCUAGACACAUCUAGAACAAGCAAACAUGACCACAACGAAUAUAAAAAAAUAAAAGAGAUCUUAAAACGAAUGAUAAAAUACUGCACGCAAGGCAACAGCGGCGGCGGCGACACUGGGCGACCGCGCCGCCACGAGCAGCGUCUGCUGAGGAACAUAGGCGUCCAUAAUAUAGUGCUCGAUCUAUUACAGGUGCCACACGAUGAGAAUGAUGCGGCGAUGGACGAGCUGCUUGCGCUUGCGCAUGAGUUCCUUCAACACUUCUGCCACGGCAACCAGCAGAAUCAGGCGAUACUACAUAAACAUUUGGACCUGUUCCUUAACGCUGGGAUAAGGGAAGCGCAGACGGUGUGCGCAAUAUUCAAAGACAACGCGUCCCUCUGCGCUCACGAAGGCAACGAGAAGGUGGUGGCUCACUUCGUCCACUGCAUCGAGUCCCGCGGCAGGAGGCCCGCAUACCUCCACUUCCUGCAGACCAUCGUGCACGCGGACACGCAGUACAUCCGCCGCAGCCAGGACCUCGUCAUGCAGGAGAUGGUGAACGCAGGUGAAGACGUGCUAGUAUUUUACAACGACAAAGUAUCAUUCAAUAACUUCAUACAAAUGAUGAAACAAUAUAAACAAACCAACGAGAUGCCAGAAGCGCUAAGGUACCAUAUUCAGCUGGUGAAGUUGCUCACUUGCUGUACGAUGGGGAAGAACGUGUACACGGAGAUCAAAUGCCACAGUCUGUUGCCGCUCGACGACAUAGUCGCCAUGAUCACCCAUCCUCAUUGCAUCCCUGAGGUAAAGGAAGCGUACGUAGGAUUCCUGAAUCAUUGCUACAUAGACACUGAGGUAGAGAUGAAGGAGAUCUACUCAAGCAACUACAUGUGGGACUUGUUCGAGCGCUCAUUCCUACAGGAUAUGCAAGCCAUACUACAAGAGCCCAUUGCUGGGCGGUCGUCCCCCGUGGCGGGCGGGUCGCGUAGCAUGGCGGGUGGCAGCGCUAGUGCUAGUGGUGGUGCUGGCGCUAGCGCUAAUAGCGCUAGUAGUGCUAGUGGUGGUGGUAGCGCUACGUCGUCAGAGUCCCGGCGCGCGUGGGUGGAGUACGUGACGGACGUGCUCAUGCACACAAUAUGUACGUUCUUCAAUUCGCCGUUCAGCGAUCAAAGCACCACUGUGCAGACCCGACAGUCAAUCUUCGUGAAGCUCCUGCAGACUACGUUUAGUAUCUACCAAUGUCCGUGGCUGACGCCGCCGCAGAAACUCAACGUCGAGAAAUGUAUACGCACCCUCAGUGAAGUCGCCAAAACCAGGAGCAUAGCUAUCCCUCUGGAGCUGGAAGCUAAGAUCCAUACCGUGUUCGAGAAGGCGGCGGCGCUGUCACGGCAGACCAGCAAAUGGCUGCAGGCAUCCAAGACCUCGAAGCUGGAGAAGAUGGCUUCACAGUCGAACUUACAAAACGACAGAUCUGUUAUGGAAGGUCUCCAGGAGAUAGUGGCCUUACUAGAGGAGCAGCUCCGUCCGCUGCUGCAGGCCGAACUAUCUCUGCUGGUGGACAUCCUCUACAAGCCUCAUCUGCUGUUUACAAGCUCCGGGGAGCUCAGCCAGCCAGAUACCAGCGGGAUCUUCAUAUCCAGAUUGAUUAGACAUACAGAAAAGCUUCUAGAAGAGAAGGAAGAGAAGUUAUGCGUAAAAGUGUUGCGCACUCUGAGAGAAAUGAUGGCGGUCGACCCAGAGUAUGGAGAAAAGGGCAACCAGUUGCGCAACAAGUUGCUGUCUCAAUACUUCGUAAGCCGCAAGUCCGAGCCCAAGCUCCAGCCCGCGCCCGCGCCCAUACACGUUGCCCAGCACGCACACGGACCUGGAGCCAAGGUGUUGAUGCGCACGGGCCAGACUUUAGCUCAAGUGCAAGCUCACCUUGACAAGGAAGGCGCUUCCGAUUUGGUGGUGGACCUCGUCAUUAAAAGUACCAACAGACCUGCAAUCUUCUUGGAGGCAAUACAAUUAGGUAUCGCACUUCUCGAAGGUGGCAACCCUAUCAUCCAGCACAGCAUUUUUACGAAACUACAAAACGGCGAGAUAUCGCAAGCAUUCCUUAAAGUAUUUUAUGACAAAAUGCGAGAAGCGCAACAGGAAAUCAGAUCGCUAGCCGCUAGCAGUACCGCGGCCGCGAGCAGCGACAAGCAGCGGCCAACACAAGACAAACAGAAAUCACCCACCGAUGGUCGCAGUACACCCGGCCCUAUAGUGGUGGGUGAAGAGAUGGACGAAGAGGUGACGAGCGCGUGCGGGUCUGCUGUACACGCGUACUCCGACAUACACACUAUGUCGCACGGUACGCAAGUUUUGGAAGAAAUAAUGGCAGAGAAGAAACGGGAAGCGGGCAGUUCUGAUGUAUUGCCCGCUAAAGUGGCCGUGAUGCGACCCAUACUCAGAUUCCUUCAGCUACUCUGCGAAAACCAUAACCCUGAUUUGCAGAAUCUACUCCGGAACCAGAACAACAAGUCCAACUUCAACCUGGUAUCGGAAACGCUGAUGUUUUUGGAUUGCAUUUGCGGCUCUACCACUGGCGGAUUGGGUCUCCUCGGCCUCUACAUCAACGAGGGUAACGUUGCCCUCAUCAACCAGACUUUGGAGACCCUCACAGAAUACUGCCAAGGUCCCUGCCACGAGAACCAGAAUUGUAUAGCGACCCACGAGAGCAAUGGCUUGGACAUAAUAACUGCAUUGAUUCUGAACGACAUCAAUCCUCUCGGCAAGACUCGUAUGGACCUUGUUCUCGAGCUCAAAAACAACGCCUCCAAGCUCCUGCUAGCCAUCAUGGAGUCCCGGAACGACUCGGAGAACAACGCUGAGCGUAUAUUGUACAAUAUGAACCCUAAACAGCUAGUGGAUGUUGCUUGCUCCGCAUUUCAUCAGGAACAUGCCAUGGAUAUAGACUCCGACGAGGCUGAUGACGACUCUCCAGUCCAAGGAGUCUCACCUAAGGAAGUGGGGCACAACAUCUAUAUACUGUGCCACCAGCUGGCGGGACACAACAAGGAAUUGGCGGCGUUAGUGAGGGCCUUGCCUUCAGGACAUAACGCGCCUGCACUGCAAUACUACCGCACUCACACGGCGCAGAUAGAGAUCGUAAGGACCGAUCGCAGUAUGGAGCAGAUAGUGUUUCCCAUACCGGAGAUAUGCGAGUAUCUCCCCGCCGACAGUAAGCACAGAGUAUUGCAGAGCGCCGAGCGCGACGACCAGGGCAGUAAGGUCGCAGACUUUUUCGCCAGGCUAGACAAUCUGUUUCACGAGAUGAAAUGGCAGAAAAAGUUACGAGGGCAACCUUUUUUAUUUUGGGUUUCGUCCUACAUGUCGCUUUGGAGUAAUAUUCUGUUCAAUUUCGCCGUUCUUAUCAACGUUAUUGUCGCUUUCUUUUACCCAUUUCAAGAUGAACAACCGAAGCUGGGGCAGCACCUGUCGCUGGUGGUGUGGUGUGUGUCGGCGCUGGCGGGCGCGCUGGUGAGCUGGUUACCGCGCUCCUCAGGAGUACGCGCACUCCUGGCCAGUGCCAUCAUACGGCUCAUAUACUCCACCGGCCCCGAGCCCACGCUGUGGUGCCUCGCCAUGCUCACAAUAGUGGUCAAAGGUAUACACCUGGUGAGUAUCAUGGGCAACCAGGGCACGUUGUCUAAGUCGACGCGGAACGUACUCACCGACCCCGAACUCCUUUAUCACUGCGUAUACCUCGUUUUCUGCUUCCUUGGAAUGUGUUGUCAUCCAUUCUUCUUCUCCGUCCUGCUCCUAGACAUAGUGUACCGCGAGGAGACGCUUCUGAACGUGAUGCGAUCAGUGACACGCAACGGGCGGUCGAUCCUGCUGACGGCCGUGCUGGCGCUGGUGCUGGUCUACAUGUUCUCCAUCGUCGGCUACAUGUUCUUCCGGGACCACUUCCUCGUUAGCGUCGACCGCCUAGACGACGACGACGACCCCCGCUUCUCUACGGACGAGUGCCCCGCGGGCAAGUACGCGUCGCCGGAACAGUGCCCGCGCGGCGGCCGCGCGGCGCGCUUCGUGUCGGUGGGCGGGGACAUACGCGAGCGCAGCUGCGACUCGCUGAUCAUGUGCAUCGUGACCACGCUCAACCAGGGGCUUAGAAACGGCGGCGGCAUCGGCGACAUACUGCGCGCGCCAGCUAGCUUCGAGCCUUUGUUUGUUGCGCGUGUGGUAUACGAUUUACUAUUCUUCUUCGUGGUGAUUAUUAUCGUGCUGAAUCUCAUAUUCGGCGUGAUCAUUGACACCUUCGCAGACCUUCGUAGCGAGAAGCAGCAGAAGGAGUUAAUCCUUAAGAACACCUGCUUCAUAUGUGGAUUGAACAGGUCAGCCUUCGACAACAAGACGGUCUCCUUCGAGGAACACGUAAAGAACGAGCACAACAUGUGGCACUACCUGUACUUCAUGGUACUGGUGAGGGUCAAGGACCCCACGGAGUUCACCGGCCCCGAGAGCUACGUGCACUCCAUGAUCAAGGUCGGCCCUACCAUUCACUGUAACAUCAAAUGUAUAUUAAUUUAAAUGAAAUACUGAUAAUGAGGAAGUAUUUAAAAUAAAAACAUUAGUUCCCGAAAUCAAACUAGAUGUCGCUACGGUACUUUCUU